ACCUCUGGCUCGUCGGUGUUUCUUUUGGCGAGGCGACUUCAUUUUUCUGCCGGAGGAAGGAGAGAGGAGCCGGGAUCAUGUCGUCGGGAGACUCGCUGGAAGGAAGUGUCGCCACAGACAGCCACACAGCAACAGACAGGGCUGCAUGCACGGAGAACCUAACGGAGACAGAUGCCUAUAUCAGAAGCUCUUUGGCUCUGGAUCCUGCAGAGGAGUACAAGACGUCCAACAAGCGACGAGGCCUGGCGCUCAUCUUCAACCAGGAGCGUUUCUUCUGGCGCCUGGGCCUGAACGACAGGCACGGAACCAACGCCGACCGCUACAACCUGGAGACGAGGCUGACGGCUCUGGGCUUUGAAGUGAAAAGUUAUGAUAACUACAAAGAGGAGGAAGUCUUAGAAAACAUCGAAUCAGCUGCCAGCGCCAACCACUCGGACGCAGACUGCUUCUUGCUCAUCUUCCUGAGCCACGGUGAGAACAACCACGUUUACACCUACGACGGCAAGAUCGAAAUCCAGGACAUCACAGCCAUGUUCAAAGGAGACAAGUGCAAGAGCCUUGUGGGAAAACCCAAGAUCUUUAUACUGCAGGCGUGCCGCGGAGACAAGCAUGAUGACCCAGUGAUGGCCUUCGAUGCGGUUGACAGUGAAAUAAAGACCAAUGAGGUGGUGGUGGAUGCCAGCGCCGUCUACACCCUCCCUGCUGGAGCCGAUUUCCUCAUGUGCUAUUCUGUGGCUGAAGGCUACUAUUCCCACCGGGAGACCAUCAAUGGAUCCUGGUAUAUCCAGGAUCUAUGUGAGCUGCUUCAGAGGUUCGGGGAUUCCCUCGAAUUCACAGAGCUUCUCACGCUGGUCAACAGAAAAGUGUCAAUGAGGAGCGUUGGGAACUCUAGUGACCGGAACGCCAUCGGGAAGAAGCAAGUACCUUGCUUUGCUUCAAUGCUCACCAAGAAACUGUACUUCAGACCCAAAAAGUAGCAGCUUCUGAUCCCAGUCAUUCAAUUAGCUGUUGUUUCUUUUAUUGUUUCCUGUGCAACAGGUUCUGUUAAAUCCAGAUAUAAAUGAUGUUUUUCCUGUGGUCCACUUCUGUAUGUUGCUGCUGAGCACCAUUAUUGACAGAUGCACUCAACAAUCAGCUAAUUUAAAGGUGUGGAAUUUCCAAUCAAAUCAGUGGUUAUAAAAUAACAGGAAUGUGCAUUUCCCAGGAAGAGGUGAAAGGUGAAGGUUCUCCUGGGUUCAGGCGAUCGCACCUGAAACCUGCUUCACAAGUUUCACUUUGACAAAUCCGACUUCAUGUCUGGGUUGAACCAUGACUCCGUUUAUUAGGAGAUUUCAAAGGUUUGCAUCAACAUGACAGGAUGAUCAAGAUGCUGAUAAUAUCAGAGGUAGAGGCGACCAGGUGCCUGUAAAUCAGUGAAUGAUUUGCAGACUUAUCUAUUCUGACUUAACCGUUUAUUUCGUUUUAAUGUGAACAUGAAACCAAGUAGAUAAGAUGAGGUUAUAAUAUAAUGUUGGCCUCUGUGUAGGUAGUUAAUUUAAUUUAAUUUUUCAAGGAAUCUAAUAUUAAAAAGGAAGGAAAGGAGCCAAGUAAGCAUCUUAUAUAGCAAAUGCUAUGUAUGUUAUAAACGCUGUUAUUUAGUGAUUAAAUUCAGGAUCUGAGCUAUUUCCUGGUGGUAGCCCUGAAUGCAUCUUUACAUAUUUAUAGUAAAUGUAUUUUACCAGAUGAUUUUAUUCCUACCCUUUGAGAAGCUGUCUGUCCCAGAAGGUCCAGUCUCAGGGUUACUACAUAUUUCAUUUUAACUUUAUAAAGACAAAUUAAGUGAAUACAAUUUAGCUUGAGGCUUUUUUUUUGUGCCAGAAAUGUGAAAUCAAUCUCUUGAGAAUCUUAAUUCGUGGUCUUCAUGUAUUGUAUCGCUACAAGUUGUAAAAUGUUCCUUCCUGUUAUUUUAUCCAACCACUGUAACUCUAACUGCAAGAUGACCAUGGACCACCUUCUGCGUUAGCGAGUCUACUUUGCCUUGUUUAAUCCAGUUUCAACCACUGUGGUACCACAACAAUAUUGUCUUAUCCUCUUUUUGUCUCUGCUGAAAAUGUCAAAUGACCAACUUGUUUUUUUUUAGCUAUAAAAUCUCUUAUUUUUGCGAGGCAGUUGACAUCACAGCACGACAAACAGUGCUUGAUGAUACAGAUGAUUUUGUUCACAUCAUGGUUUAACUGUCUCUCUAAGCACCAAUGAUCACGUAAACGCAUUAUCCAGGGACAACGUUAACAAGCUGAUUGUCCAAACCCACGACACCAAAAAGGGAAUCAAUGUUUGUGCUGUUCUUUGUGUCGUAGCAGUUUACAGUACUACAUUUUAAUAUUGCGUAUUUGCACCCAAAACAGCAACAAACGACAAUGUGGAAAACUACCUCAGGGAGAAGGGGUGUCCUGUUCUUUAAACACGUACUGUGGACCUAAAACACUUUCAGCUGUGUUGCAUGACCAAUACUCAGGAAAUACAUAACUACCAGCAAACACUAUUCUGUAUUUUUGUGAUCUGAAUCUUGUUUUUACAAUAAAUUCUGCGUGACAUAAAUUUUGUGAUUUAUUUUAGAAAUUGUUUGCAAAUCUUCAUCCACAAAAUAAAACAUUUAAACAGAGUAA